GCAGUGUGCCGGCGUCCGCCUACGCAGUAGGUCGGCCGAUGCUCCGCUCUCUAGUCGCGUAGUAACUCUUUCACAUUUUCGUUUCAAUUUUCGAUUUAGGGUAACGGCAGCUGCUUAAACUAGAACUUAAAAUGUAGAUAACCCGCUUUCGUGCUUAGUCAUUCGGAGACCCUCGAGCAGUCGAGUGAAAACCUAAAAUACCGAAUCGUGUGUGUGUGGUGUUGAGCUUUGUAUUUUUUACGCGGUAAACAUUGGUUUUGUAUUGAAAAAGUAGAUUCAGCAAUGCCAGUUCGAAGAGGACACGUCGCUCCACGGACUACAAUCAUCGAGACAAUUAUACGAAAAUUUGACACUCAUAACCGGAGCUUCCUGGUGGCGAACGCGCAGCGGGGGCUAUGCCACAUCAUCUACUGCUCGGACGGCUUCUGCCGCAUGACGGGCUUCAGCAGGGCGGAGGUGAUGCAGCGGCCCGCGUCCUGCGAGUUCCUGCACGGGCCGCUCACCUCGCAGCACGCCGCCCAGGUCGUCCGCGACGCGCUCGCCGUCGGCGCCGAGAAGCACUUCGAGAUCCUCUACUACCGCAAAGACGGCACCAAGUUCCUAUGCAGCCAGGUGAUAGCGCCUAUCAAGAGCGAAGUAGAUGACAUUUGCCUUUACAUUAUUAACUUCGAAGACCUGACUGCUCCACCAGCAGCUGAGGAAGACGUCGUACUGGCCGCCAACACCAAACUCAGCAAGCUGGACCGCGCGCGACAGUCGUUCCGGCAGUCGCUGCGGAUGGGGUCGCUACGUGGCCGCGGCCUUCGCCUCGCCGGCUACCUGACGCCGCCCAGCGACGUCACUGCCGAAGACGCUGACGGCGACGAAGAUCACGACCACGAGGCCACCAGGCCGAGUAUAGGUCGGAAAGAGAAGGACAAGGAGAAGGAGAAAGCGAAGGAGGAGGAGAAAGAGAAAGACAAGGACAAAGAACGACCGCUGGGCGAGACGCCGGCCGCGCCCAUCGCAUCACCGGAAGCCAUGUCGGAGGAAGCGGUACCAAGCGUGCCGCACGCUACGUCCCUAGACGCCAUCUCACGACGCCCUCGCCUGCCGGAGCCGCAGCAGCCACCCGCCAGGAGCGCCACCGUCGCAGGCCCCACAAGAAACCAUGUCUCUAAAGCAUUCCCAAUCACUUCAUCUGAAUCAGAUCUCCAGCGCGUUCGGACGACCACGUCGAUAUGGGAACGAGGUAGUCAUGAUAGGAAAUCACCUUCACUCAGCAAUGUUCCCUCCGACAGUCUGAAGCACAAGUUCUCCAUUCAAGAUAAUGGAUCAGCAAAAUUCUUCCAAGGUGCUCUGCACACUCCAAACAUGGGUGAGAAAGUGGCACAGGUGCUGUCGCUGGGCGCCGACGUGCUGCCCGAGUACAAGCUGCAGUCGCCGCGCAUCCACAAGUGGACAAUACUCCAUUACAGCCCCUUCAAGGCGGUGUGGGACUGGAUCAUAUUACUCCUCGUUAUGUAUACCGCCAUCUUCACGCCGUACGUCGCUGCUUUCUUGCUUAACGAAGCCGAUUUCAACACGAGAAAAAGCAAGAAAUACGGUGAAGAUCCUAUCGUCGUGAUAGACCUGAUCGUUGAUGUAACAUUCAUCAUAGACAUACUUAUAAAUUUCCGCACAACAUAUGUGAACAGCAAUGAAGAGGUAGUAUCUCAUCCAGGGAAGAUUGCAGUGCAUUACCUGAAAGGCUGGUUUGUAAUAGACUUGGUGGCUGCUAUUCCUUUUGAUCUUCUUCUUUUCAACUCAGACACUGAUGAGUUGGGCUUGGAUGCUGAUGAGACAACAACAUUGAUUGGUCUCCUGAAGACAGCAAGACUCUUGCGGUUGGUGAGAGUUGCUCGGAAGAUUGAUCGUUACUCAGAAUAUGGUGCUGCCGUCCUUCUGCUGCUUAUGGCUACUUUUGCUCUUAUUGCUCACUGGCUUGCAUGUAUAUGGUAUGCAAUUGGACAUGCUGAGCGAACCUUGAUGAAUAACAGAGUUGGUUGGCUAGAUAUAUUAGCUAAUGACACUCAUCAGUUUUACAAUGCCAAUAACACAGGAGGUCCAUCGAUAAAGUCGCGCUACAUCACUUCAUUGUACUUCACAUUCAGCAGUUUAACUUCUGUGGGAUUUGGAAAUGUAGCACCAAAUACAGAUUCAGAGAAGAUGUUCACUAUCUGUGUUAUGUUAGUUGGAUCACUUAUGUAUGCCAGCAUAUUUGGAAAUGUAUCUGCAAUCAUACAGCGACUGUAUUCAGGGACUGCAAGAUAUCAUACACAGAUGCUGAGGGUGAGAGAAUUCAUUCGUUUUCACCAGAUACCUAAUCCUUUACGCCAGAGGUUGGAAGAAUACUUUCAGCAUGCAUGGACAUAUACCAAUGGAAUUGAUAUGAACAGUGUACUUAAAGGUUUUCCUGAGUGCCUGCAGGCAGAUAUUUGCUUGCACCUAAAUCGUAACUUAUUGAGUAACUGUUCAGCCUUUGAAGGGGCUUCUCCUGGAUGCCUCAGAGCUCUGUCUUUGAAGUUCAAGACCACUCAUGCACCUCCUGGGGAUACCCUUGUACAUAAAGGUGAUGUUUUGACGUCACUAUAUUUCAUUGCUAGAGGGUCGAUAGAAAUACUAAAGGAUGAUAUUGUAAUGGCUAUUUUAGGAAAGGAUGAUAUUUUUGGGGAAAAUCCAUGUAUUCAUCCAACACUGGGCAAGUCAUCAUGUAAUGUGCGAGCCCUUACCUACUGCGAUCUGCAUAAAAUUCACCGUGAUGACCUUUUAGACGUACUAGAGUUAUAUCCUGAGUUUUAUAACUCAUUUUCUAACAAUCUUGAAAUUACAUUUAAUAUGAGAGAUGAGGAGCUUGCAGGCGUAGAUCCCAGAGCAGCUAGGAGGCAUAGAACAGGUUUAGCUUCUCGUUCAAGCUCACAAGACAGAGAUUCAGAUGUAAGAAGAUAUGCUUACAGACCACCUCGUCGUCGAACAUUUCAUCACAGAGGAUCAGGUGGUGGGCCAUGUGGGGAUGGCACUCUAGGAGGCAACAGUCAAGAUUCCAGUGAAGAUGGGUCUGAGUUUGAGAAGUCUGGUCAUGGCAUUCUAGAAUUCUCAGCAGAUAAGGCUGGUCGGGAUGUGACUCCAAUGAAUCUUGAAUUUGGAGAUGAUGACAGACAAGUGAAACCAGGAACACUUAAUUCAAUUGCUGGCAUGUUCUCGCAACUGAAAAGAAGCUUCACGGAUCUCCGCUUGCACAGGUCUUCCAGCCAGAGGCUCCACAACACUGACAUUAAGACUGGUGGCUUGACGAACACGGUGGUAGCACUGGACUCCCUCAUGAAAUCCAGCAGCCAUGGAAAUGGCAAGCACUCACAAGGUACUCCAAACGUGGGCCCAUCUCCUGCUGUAUCGGUCCACUGCUGCACCAAAGAGAACCAGCCAUUGCUUCACCAUCAAACUCCAAGUGCUCAACAAACAGUAUUAUCGACAGGAAGUUACCAAACUCCCGGUCACACUCGGGCCGAGUACACUGGCUCACCAGCUUGGACACAACCUGGGAGGGAACCUGAUGUCUAUGCAAUGAUAAAUCAGCUGAGCAGGCAAGUGCAGGCACUGGAACACAGUGUAGCUAGUGAUGUGAGAAUGAUACUUAGUAUUCUGAAGCAACAGCAGCAACAGGGUCACAGCUCUGAAUCAUCUGGCUCAUCAGUCAUACCUGAUGUGCGAGAGUCUUCUUCUGACUUUGGCCAGAGGUCAGGAAGAUCCUCCCGAGAUCAUGCUCCUAGUGCCCAGAGAAGUUAUAGUGCAUCUCACGAGACUCCAGCUUCAUUGCCUUCAAAUAAUUUCAGGCCAACACCAAUGGAAGAUUUCCGGCAUGCUGCCACUGGCAGUAACAGUAUGGAUUUACAACACCAGUCACACUCUCACCACUCCGUCCCACAGCAAGUGACUCCUGAACUUACCUCCAGGCAUCCACAUUACAAGCAUUCAGCAUCACGCAUUCCACAACGCAGUCAGUCACAACCAGUAGAUCUUAUGCAGGUACAGCAUCAGCACACACCAUCUUGGCAUCAACAACAUGGUGAUACUGAGAGUGAGGAUGCCUGGCCUGUUCAGCAUACUGCAGAUACUAGAAAAGAUGAUUUUUCAUUUAGAGGAACUGCGGCUGAAGAGACACCAUCAUGGGAUUUUAAAGAUGCUCCAGUGGCGCCUAUUGCUAGGCUAGAGUCAUUGGAUGAACUUGAUCAAGGACAGGACUCACAGAGUAGCAGCCCACGUGGUGCAACAUCUGGCCCAUCCACAACGGAAGUGAAAACGUCAGAUGUCUAGUCUACUCUCCACAAGUGUUUUUCAAGACACGUUCUUGUUGUCACUGAGAAAAAGACAUACAUGGACAAGUGAGCAAGAAACUCUUCAGGGAAUCACAGCCCAAAUGAAAUGGACUGUUUUAUAAUAGUCAAAACAUUGUCACAAGACAGUAGUGUUUUCAAUAAUUUGUAUUUUUUUUAAACACAUUACAAGAAUUUAUAUGAAAAUAUUACUUUGCAUUGUAAAAGAAAAAAACAUUGUGCAAUCACACAGUUAUUCACUCAUCUGAUGCUGCCUGAAUCAAAUAAUAUGGUAUUUUAAGGAAUGAUUCUUUAAAAUUGGGAUAAGUCAGUAGCUGUUAGCUAUUCACAGUGCUUGGCAACGCCACUAAAAUGAACUAAGAAAGUGGUGUACUGGACAGAGUUGUGUAUUCAUAGGCAACUGAAAGUCAGCAUAAAAUAGAAUAAUAUUAUAGUGUGUGAGAGAGGUUACAGAGGACAUACUGUUGUAAUCAGGACAUCUGACUCACUGUUAGUCAUGGACAAUGGCUCACAGUAACAUUAAUUAUACGUGAUAACAACUUGCGUAUGCUUUGGUCUUAACAAUUUAUAUAACUGAAUAAAUAAAUUUUCUUGAAGACUGGGCAUUCAUAUUCACAUAAAUUGAUUUUUUCGCAGAAGAAUUCUGUCUGUUGUUCUGCUAAAUGUUUUGGAGGUUUGACAUGAAAUCAUAAACUUUGGUCUAUUAACGCCUUUCUGUAGGUGACUGCUGCAGACAUGAACAUGCAAGACAUUGUUGCACAGUCAAGGAAGCGAUGUUUUAACUUGAGCUUUCUUGCAAAAACACACAGGUUACCAUUUCAUAAUACACACGUUUCUUUCUCCUUUUGGCAUUACUUACUUUGUGCUUCACAGUGACAGGCUUUUCACAUUAAAAUGUAUUGGAUACUUGUAAAAGGAACAUAAUUCCUAGUUUUAUAUUAUGAAACAUUCUUUGAGACUUAUUUUUAUUUAAUUUUCUAUCACAUUUGGACAUUCAAAGUAUUGAAUUAGUCUCCUAUUUUGAUCUAGCAUUUUUUAGCAUACAUGCAUAGCUACUAUGUGCGUUUACAAAAGUUAUUCUUGUUCUUUAAAAUACAUACUAAUUAAUUAACCACAUCUAUUCCAUUUUCCAUUUCAUGGAAUAAAAUGGAUACUCGUUUAUUUGUCCCAGUAGUAUUCACAGACAGUUCAUUGCUGAAACAAACUUACACUCAUAAUAGUGAGUUUCUGGAAAGGAGCCAAUGAACCACAAGUGACAUAACCAUGUUCUCCUACAUUUAAUGAGAUUUUGGUUUUGGGAACAACCACUGCAAUGUUUUGCAACAUAUUGCAUCAUGUGGUGCACCAAAAACCUAGUCCAAAACACCAAACAAAUUUUGCUAAAGAAGAUAAAAUUUUCUGAUGAUUAAUUUUGUACCUUUACUGUAAGUAAUAUUAACCUUCAGAAUGACAUGCUCAAAUAUAUCACUAUUUAUCACAUUUAAAUAUACUACUCUAUAUGUUCAAGAAAAUAUUGGCACAUGUGUCUUAUAAUUGUCAUUUUGCCUCACUUUUUGCUCAGUAUUCAUGGUCCCUGGUUUUGUUUUAUGCAGACAGAAAAUGAUGUAAGUUUGUCAAAAUUCUGGAAUGGAAUUCUUCAUUCUUUCCAACUUCUGUGAAUAAUGUAUUAUUAUACUUGUAUCAAUAUUUCAGUAUUUUUGUGAAGAGGGGAGGGGGGAAGAUAUCAAUUAACAGCAAUUGAUAACUUACAGAGCUCUGGGACUGAUUUAUGAGAAGAGAAUUUAGUCUCAUGCAACCUUCAUGUGCUAUCAAACAGAAAAUCAGGCAAACUACCCAUAAUGUCACUGUAAGCUGGUUUUUUCCUGUAGUGCUUGUGAUUACACUUAUAAGAAAUACUAAUUUCUUUAUUUCUAGUGACUCAGUACUUACACACCUGUUACUUUCUAUUCUUUAUUGGCUCACAAAACCCCUGUCUGAAUGUACAAUUCAUUUACUUUCUAUGUGUUUGUUAAGGUUUACACAGUAUUUUGUGUAGACAUUUGACACAGAGAAUUUGGUUUCAAACUGAUACAUUGUUUUCAGAAUUUAGUUUUAGUGUUAAAUAUUUAUACAUAUAUGAUGAAAACUGUGAUUAAUGCCGUAUAAUCUGAUACAGUAUCAUAUAAAUUUAUUUUAUCCUGAAGGUGCCCAAGCCUACAAAAAGUCACACACACACACACACACACACACACACACACACACACACACACACACACACACAAAAACAAACAAACAAACAAACAAACAAAAUGAAAUGGAAUCUCUGUGCAAAGUAUUUGUUACCAGAUUUUCAUGUUCUGCAAAUACAAUUACAAAAAGCCUGUCCAUUACACAUGGCAUAGUUAUACUUUCCAAUAUCAGUAUGAUUGCAAGCUACAGAUUCUACUGGAAACUUAUUUUAGAAAAAAGUAUUUUUCAAGUCAGAAGUAUUUUAUGAAUUUCAAGUGCUGUACCCUCUAGCCAUCAGAUUAAUAUAUUUUCACAUUCUAGUUAAUCUUUUGGUACACUAAGAAUAAUUCAUAGCCCAUAAGUAUGAAGGUGAAAAAUUUUGACUUGUCUUCAACUUUUGCCUUAAAAGUACUUUUUCCUCUUCAGAUGUAGUGAAUGCUGUGUUUUAUAACUCACAUUAUUGUACAGUAAUUAAAUUUUUCCAAUAUGUUCCUGCCAUUAAAGAAAUCUAAAAUGUCCAGUUUUGUCACUCUUAGAAUCAUAUUGUCUUUUGAUUUGCGUUUGUACUUAAUUUUAGAGCCUUUGCAGUUCCAGGUGUUUAGUAGUAUGAUGCACAUUUAUCAACAUUCUGUUGUCAACAAACAUCUUUCUUUAAUAGUUCUUGACAACAUCAAAAGUCUCGUUGGUGCCUAAAGGAAGAAAUCAGGGGCAAGGUUAAGGGAAAAAUGGUGCUUUUUUAGUGCACAUAUCACUAUUUCAUUAUUCAGAAUACAAAUUUAAAAAACAACUAUGCUAGGUUCACCAUACAUAAUGCCAUCACAAUUAAUAUAUUACUAGUUUUCAUAUCCAUCCAUACCGCUGAAUGAGAAUGUGUGAGUAGAAAUUAUGACCUAAGUAUUGUGUGUCAAACAUCUGAAGUGUUUCAGCAUUCAAUGAGUAUUACAAAUUGUUUAUUCGUUCUCUUCAUAAUUCUGUCCUUUCCUUCUCUUCGUGUUGCUGUCCUUUUUCAAAUGUUAUAAUGUCUUCACUAAUUGAUCCUCCAUUCUGUAUAUAGUUACAGAACACAACACAUUUGCUCAACUGUAUUUCAACAGAACUUAGUAAUUCCUGCAAGCUUGUUUAAUUGUAUAUUAUUAAAAAUGUGUCACUUCUUGCUUUCUACUUCAUCUCACGUAUUGUAUUAGUUAUGUCACUGAUAUAAGUAGCAAACUAACUGCAUCCUGAAGAAGUGUGUUCUCAAAUUUUGUACAUUUUUAAAGUAAUCAGUUAUCAGAUGCCCUUCUCCACUUGUUCCCCAAUGUAUGCCACCAGUUAUCAAUCAGACGGAAAUUAUAGCUUAUACAUUUCAUAUGAAGUUAUUAUGAAUUACACUCUUAUAAAUAUUUGGGAAACAUAACAUCAACAUUUGAUAUCCUGUUGAUAAGUGGUCAUUUUAUUUCUAAUUGUGGAGGUCAUGAGAAACAGUAGCAAUUCCAAGAUGUGUUGGCAGUAGUCUUCCAUUCAGAGAGAGGCUACUAAUGAUUGCUUUUCGAUGUCACAAAAUGUGGAGGCAUUUUUCUAUUGGCAGUGUGAUGCAGUUACAGAAUUAAUUUCUCCAGGAUGUACAUCUUGUGCACUUGUGUGUGUUAACCUUAGGUCAAAUGGUGAUACAGCUAUGCCUGUUCCAUCAUUUGGGUACAUGUGAAUGCAAAUAUUGAGCCUUUGUUCAUGAAAACAUAAUCUCUGUUAUUUUAGCAAAAAGCACGUGAAGUAAGUGCACAUUAUUUUUGUGAGAUCAUAUGUGUGUAUACCUGAUUUGUUAUGUAGAUAUCUGUUUCAAGAGAUUGCUCAUAAAUUGUAUACAUAUUUCCUUAUAAAAUAAUGGAACUAUGUUAACUACUUAUAUUACAGUGUGUACAUAAUGUGUAUAUUGUUAAGAGUUUUUUAUUUAUUGAAGUUGUUAUGUACUGUACAUAAUUUGUAGAUCAUGUUUCAUAUCUUAUCCAUCAGCAUAAAAGGCAUGCUUGGAUGAAACAGACAUGUAUUAGGUCUGUUAAUUAUUGAACAGUAAUGGAUAAUUUGUUUUAUAUUUGUUAUUGAUCCAGUGCAAAUAAUGAUUUCAUAUCAUCAGUAUACUGGAAUGAAUAAUUCUUAAGUUAAAUUUUCUUUCCUUUUUUCUAGUUUUUGAAAAUUGUUUUUCAGUUUCAUGUAAUAAGAAAUUGUAAGUUCAAAGUGAUCUGUAAAUGGAACUUCUGUAUAAAAUAUGAAUUAUCUCUUCAGAUUGUUCAUAAUGUAAUUCCAUAAAAGACUGCUUUGUAAUAGACUACACAAAUUCAUAAAAACACUAUAUAAUUUCAAACAUGCCGCAUUUGGAGGAACUGUGUAGGUACUUGGGGUAGUUAAACGAAACGUUUAUGACAUGUCAGUCUUCAGAUAAGAUGAGUGCAAGUGAGUCAUUGUGACAUGUUAAGUUGUUGUUAUUGUUAUUGUUGUUGUUGUUAUAAAAACACCAAAAUAAACAAAAACCUGUGAUUUUUUAUGAACUGCAACUGAACUGGCUCAAAAAGGAAAAUGAAACUUGAUAUAUCAUCGCAGGUGUUUGAAACACUUAUGGAACAUGGUUUUUGAAGAAUUUGGCUGUUAUAUCAAUAAUAAUUACAUAAAAUUUUUAAAUUUUAUAUUCUUUUUCAAUGAUCUUGUGAGCUCUUAAGGGGUGUCUGUAUUGCACAAAUAUAUAUUAAUUUAUAUAUAUAAUGCAAUGCAGAUCUAAUGCUGCUGUUGUCAUUUAUUAAGUGAAGAUGCUUUCACUCUAAAUGUUGACACUUUGUUCAACCACAGAUGUAAGGACUGGGUUCUUGCUUUGUAAGGGUGUUAAGUUUAAAAUAUCAAUAAUUUUACCACAUUUUUAUGACACUCUUUCUUGGCAUUAACAAGAUAUCUAACACUGCUGUCUGCCAGUCUAGCACAUGAAACAGAAUGCUACUGGACAAGUGAAAAGUGCCCUUAUUUUAAAUGCCUUACAGACUGUUUCAUUACUAUCUAUUGUGUUUAAAUUAUUAUUUUAAUUGUCAUAUUGGCAUUAGCAUUUUUUACAUGCAGAUAAAUUUUAAAGACUUAAAAUAAGGUAGCUGCAGAAGAAAUUUACACUUAGCUAUUUGGGAACAUAAAACAUUUAAUAAUAAUAAUAAUAAUAAUAAUAAUAAUUCAUCUGCUUCAAUGCAUAAAAAUCAUAAACAAGCACUAAGACACUGAUCUGAUUGAUAAAAGCCUUCUAUUAGUAUAUUUCUCUUUCAAAUUUUAUCAUUUCAUUGUGAGAGAAAGGUCUCAUAAUAAGCAGGUCCACAAUUUUAAAAUGAGUUUGUAUUUUGUGGGAAAGAAAUUAAGUUUUACUUCUACCUCUAUGUUCUUAACAGCCACAAACAAAAACUGUAAUGUUGUUCACUCUUUGUCUCAAGUAAUCUUUAUUGCAUUAUUUGUUUCUCUUUACUAGCUUUGUAAAGAAAAGCAGGUUAGAACAACGAAUGAGAGGCUCCUUGCAGUUUACUUUAUCCUUGUUGAAUGAUGUUUGACAAACAGACCUUCUAAUAAUUGGUGAGAUAUUAUGGUAAGGAAGUUUCUCAGAAUAACAUUCUUGUAUGAACAUUCACAGUGUCCUUGCCACAUCAGAUAAGAAUAAAAUUCUAGCUUGUGAUAUUAAUUUCCAUUGUUUUUGUGAGGUAGAUGAUGCUGUAUUCCAAACUGACACAACAAGUUUACUGAAAGUAUUUUAUACUAAUGACAACUAAGAUAUUUGUUUGCAGUUUCCGAAAUAUUAUCUGCAUCUCUGUUUCUCAAAGAUAUGCUACAAAGCCUUUACAUGAAAGAAGGAACUAUGACAGAUAAAUAUAUGCAUCACAUAUUGCAAGCAAUUUCUUUAGUUUGAUGUGAAGUACUAACUUAUUUAAUUUUAAAUGAACAGUAAUAUAAAUAAAUGGACAUUUGCCCCAUUACCUCUCCAGCCUUUAAGAUGUUCUGUUCUUUAACUGAGCAGUAGAACAUCUUCCUUGGAAUUUUGAAACUUUUUGUGUUUUCAGUCAAUGGCUUUCCAUUUUGUAAAUCAAAGUUUGAUGGAGGAUGCAUUUUAACAGAAUCCAUAGGAGACAGUGUGUGACAGGUUAUUGAUUCAGAAAUAGUGUUACGGUAGUUCUGUAGGGCUGCAUUGAAAAUUAUUUUCCUUUCUGUUCCAACCAUUUUAAUAACUGCAUCUUUAUCUAGUUCAAACUAUGUUUACUCAUGCAUCCACAUUUGUCAUUCAUUUGCCAUCACAAACAAAUUUGUCAUCAAUAUACUGUUGUGAAAUAUAUACUUACUUAACCCUAUUAUGGUCUACCUCAUAGUACAGAAAUGGAUAGAUAUAUGAAGAACAAACUAGCAGUAACAACUGUAUGUUGCAUCAUGCUGUGUAGUUCAUGGGCACAGGUGAUUGAUAUUGUCCUCCACUACCAGUGUGGGACUCUUUGAUAUGUAUUGGGAAUCAUGAUGAAACAUUGGCAGAUUAUUUAUAGGGCUGUCAGCUGAGGAAUCCAAAAUUCUCUCAGAGAUUUUGUUAUUAAAUGCAAGAGAAAAGUUGUGAGCAUUUAUUUAUUUACUAUAUUUCUUACUGCAAUGGUGACAUAAAUCAUGCAUAUUAACAACCAUAGCUAAAUUUCUUUCUUCUCAGUAGGUAGCAGCCACAUAAUGUAGUAAUUAUAAAUAGUUUGUAUGGCAGUAAUUUAAAUAAUAUUCCUAAAUUUUAAAAAUUAAAUAAAUUUUUAGUUUGGAACUGUAGUUUCCUCAUAAAUAUUCUGUACAUUUUUUAUUGCUCAGAACUAUUGGUUUCUUCUUAUAUGUUAUCAUUUCUUACCUUUUUUUGUAGUUGACAUUAUAGCAACGAACAAGGCAGUUAUCUGACAUUUGGCACCAUUUGUUCACUUUUUUCACAUUCAGAAGUCCCACUCAUUACUACAGCUGCUCUGAAGAUGUUUCAAUUUUUGUGUCUUCUGGCUGUAUUCCCAUUUCCUCUACAUCUUUGAUGUUCAUAUACCAUGGUAUUCUUUCUUGUUUUUGGCUUUGAGUCAAUGACAUUGAAGAUACUAUGUGUUCAUUUGGUGUAAUUCAUCCUUCUUUGUGCCCAUAAAAUCAGACUGUACAUGUUUGAUUUGUGCCCAUAAUAUUUGCAGUUUUGCAGUAACUUUGUAUUUUUUUUAUAUCAAUCACAUUUUUAUAUUCUUUUUCUUUCUCUUUGCUUUCUAAUUCCACUAGUAUGCAUCUUUCUGAGAUGAUAAGGAACUCAGCUACAUAAAGAAAUGAAAGAGUUGUGUUGUAUCGAAGAAUUUUGGUAUUUAUGGAAAAGCCCUUUUUCUUGUAAAUGUUUCAUAUGGUUUAGAAAGCUAUUUCCAUUAUUGAAGUCUUACUUUGAGGACUUGGUUAUCUAGCCAAUUGGGUGUAAUCAAUUUGCCCAGAAAUUUAAAGCUGUUAACAUGUUUUAUUGUUCCAUAUCUGGUUUAUAGUUAGUUUGUGUUGUCCAUGAAUUCGACAGUACUACUGCUCUUGUUGAAAGAGAUUUGCAAGACAGUUUUUCUGCUACUUCUUUCAGUCCAUUAAUUUGUUUUGUUGCAGUUUCAAAAUCUUAUCUCAUUAUGGCUAUAUCAUCUGCAAAAGCUAAACAUUUUAUUUCCACAUCUCUCUUCUUUGUCCCAGUUCUCAAAUAUUUAAACCAGUUUCAAAGUUUUAAUUCCUUGUGCCAUUCCUGUAUUAUUUUUUUCCAAUACACAGUUUAACAAGAGCAGUGAUAAGCUAUCUCCAUGUCAAAUGCAUAUAUUGAUUCAGACACUUUAGAGAAAAAUUCUUGGAAUAUUAUUUUUGACUUUGUGUUAGUUAGGAUUGCUCUUAUAAACCCUAGUAGUUUUUAAUCACCUAAAACUUAACCAGUUUGUUAAGUAUCAGAAUGGCCAAUGCAGUUGUAUACCUUUUUAACAUGUACAAGUUAUGUACAUGUUGUCUUGUCUCAGCAUAAAGUGUGUUGUUAACAUUUUUGGAAUCAGUAUUUGUCGUGUUGUUGUUGAUCCUUAUGUAUGCUCCUUGAUAUUCUUCCAGUUUAUGCUUGACUUGUUGUUUUAUCAAUUUUAAUAUGGACAGUGAUGUGACCUUGAAUGCUACUGAGAGUAAUGGGAUUCCCCAAGAACUGUUCACAUUUUCUUGUAGUCCCUCUUUCUCCUAUACCUUUACUAUGAUGUUACAUAAAUAAUCAACUGCUGCUUCAAGCAAAAGCUUCUAUAAUUCUGUUAUUAUGCAGACUUCAUUAGCAACUUUAGUCUGUGGAUAGAAUGCUUGAUUUUAUUGCAGUCUGGAGGAGGAGAGAACCCAUUUUAUCUGUUUAUUUGUUAUAACUGGAUUAAUUGGGUUUGGAUGAUUUUGAAGUUUUUUAAAAGCAAUUUUCAAGGCUUUUGCAAUUUUCUUCAUUUGACAUAGCUAGUUAUCCAUAUUCUGGUUGAAAACAAAUGAAUGGGGUUUCUAUCUUUUUAUCCUUUUUUAAAAUUCCUAUAAUAUUCACAGAAUGUAUUUUGUUGGUAGUUUUGCUCUACAUUGUUCAGUACUUCCUUUUGAUUUUUAGACUUCCCACUGUGUAUGUUUUGUGCUGUAUUUUUAUCAUUAGGUUGCAUAUAUACCACAUUUUUUCUUACUUUCUUGGAUUUGUUGUAUUUUCUCCAAGCAGUUACAAUGUCCUUUUAUACCUAUUGACAGCUGUCAUUCCACUAUGGAUGGCUACCAACUGUCAUUCCAUAUUUUUGAAGCCUUUUAUAGUAGUUCUGCUAGCACUUUGGACUUUCGUUUUUUUAAUCAAGACACAGCUGUUGUGUUCCAUUUAUUAUUAUGAAUCAUUAGUAUGAGCUUCAUAAUUGAACCACACUGAUAACAGUCUUUAUUCAUACCUAUUUUGACUGUGACAGUCAUUAUUUAAUACUGUGCUUCAAGGUAUAGCCAUAUGGUCUAUUUAGAUAUUUCCAGCUGCUGCGAUAAGUGAGUGUGUUAAGUGAUUGCAACAUUGUUUUCUUUCUGAGGAUGAAUCAAAAGUGUGUGGACAUUAGCUGAUGAUUGUGGCUUUCCCAAAAUUUUUUGGUCUUUUUGUUUGUGAGGUAGUGCUCAACAAUAGUUCUAUAGAUCUUUUCCCACACAAACUGAGCAUUAAAAUCAACCAUUAAGAUCUUCAUAUUUGGUUCUAUGGUACUUGCCAUUCUUGAAGUCAUAGAGUUUUAAAUUUCUCUGUGUUUCGAAAAUGCUUUCAAUUUAUACCAUCUGUUCGGGUAUGGAUGUCAAUAAACAUAUAUGUUUUGUUGUAUAGCAUGUGCAUAGCAAACUUGUGGGUUAAAAAUUUAAGUGAGAUCGAAGUUUGUUGUUGUAAACAGCAAAGGGUGUGCCAGCAACUGGGGUUUUUAUUCCAUCACUCUUUUUUGGGCUUUAUUCUUAAAGAAAUUCAUAUAAUUUAAAAAUUUCUGCAUCUUGAAUGUGGAUUCCUCAUAGGUUAUUUUAUUUUUACUAAAAAUAAUAAGCAGAGCUGCUACAAUCAAUGAGUGCCAUUACCACUGUCAUGAAACAUUGUUUUGGAAUUAGAUUUGUUCACAAAUUUGUCAUUUCUAGGUGGCCCUUUAGUCUCUGCUGCUAAUUUGCUUUAAAUAUCUGUUUGUUUAUUCAGUUUUCACCUUUCAAGUAUCUAUGCAUCUCUUACCUUGGUUAGCACACGGAACUCACACUCAGGACAUUAUUUGUGAUUCCUUUCUAGUGGUUAGUUACUUAUUUGUGAUGUGGCUCCCUUUCAGCCUCCAAAAGGCAGCUAUAGGACUGGGAUAUUUCCUACUGUUUCACUAAUACUGCAUUGCGCAGGAGGAUUAUUUUGUGUGUGUGUGUGUGUGUGUGUGUGUGUGUGUGUGUGUGUGUGUGUGUGUAUCAGGGGAGAUGUAGGGUGGAGGAUGGUGCAAUUUUACUGUUGCUCUUUCCUGUGAAAUACAUAGAGCAGUUGGAAUACUCUCUGACAAAUAUGGGAAAGGGGCUUCAGAAAUAGUGGGCUGCAUCCUCUGAAAAUGGUUGGUACUGUCCUUAGGUUGGGUUAAAACAUUAUCAGUGUUAUGUUUGUUGGACUGUUAUCACAUAAUCUGAAAAAAUUCUGUAAAUUUAAUUAAUUCUGGCUUUGAAAGUCUGCACUGUAUUACUGUAAACAAAAUUUUGAUAUAAAUGCUGCUGCCACUGUAUGUUGGAGGACUCCAGAAAGUUCGUUUGAUACUGGCCUAUGAAAAAAAAAAUUCUCAAGAAUGAAAAUGGGUUUAUUUGUCAGUUGUCAGAUGUUUGCCACAUAUAUCAGACAUCAGGUGUCAUACACAUAAUGUGUGUUUCUAACAUAAUAAUCAAUCCCAUUUACAUAUUCAGCUUGGUGACAGAAAUUCAGUUUUUCUAUAAAUAACUAUGACUGUCAUACAUGUAUGUGUCACAAAACAGUCACAGAAUCCUUAGUUUUAUACAGUAUUAUCAUAAUGAAUUCUUAUGGCCUGUGGAGAUGUUCAUAUUACCAAACAUUUACAUUAUUCGUUGCUAUGCCAUAAAUGGCAUUCAUUGCUGUUGUGAAUUAUAUCUUUUGGCUCUAGUGUAUAUCUUCUUAAGCUCGUAAAGGAAAAAUUCUGUCAUAUAAACUCAUUUGCUUUAUUCCAAACAUAAUUCUUAGAAACUGAAAAUGGGUAAUUUACAAUUUCUACCUACAGCUUUAUGUUGAAAGAGCAUCCAAAACUUAUUUAUUGCAGUAAUAUUGACACUAACUUACACUGUAAGUCUCUAUUCAUUUAUGUGUCUCUUUUGUUUGAGGUGCACAAUGUAUCCAUAUCUGCCUAUGCUGAACUUUUAUUUUUUGCAUAUUUUUAAAUGACCAAAUUUUUUCUUCUUUCCAUCUCUCAUGACAAUAAGAAUUACAAGUUAUAAAGAAUUACAGAAAUACACCUAGUAAGUGAAUGAGCCAUUACAGUAUGUUGUUAGGUAAAAACAAUUAUUUAACAAAGAGUGCAAGAGAUAUUUCCAUCUCUUAGUAAAUAUCUCACUUGUUAUUAGAGUGGUCUCACAUUUUAGAAAAAUUUCAUUUGUUUUUAACUUUAAUGAACAACAGAUUAUUAACAUGCAUUUAUGACAGUUUGCUAGUAUAAAAUCGACUUAAAAAUUUCAGUGAGUAGGUUUUCAUCGCAUACAAAUAGAUGUAAGUACUGAAAGACCUGCAGGUAAUGUAAUAAAUGGUGCAAUAUAAUGUCUGAGAAGUAUGCAGUGUGUUUCAUAUUGUGAUUUUUGCUGUCACGGUGCUUGCAUUAAUGCAAAUGUGUUGUUUCUAUAGAGAAACUGUGAUUAAAGCACAAGUAUCAUUAUAUUAUGAUGUCACAAAGAGCUAAUUUAAAUGUUACUCUUUUUAAUGAUAUAUAUGUAAAUAUCCAUAUACUGUUUAUACUUGCAUUUGUUUGGGGAAGUAAAUAGAUAGUACAAGAUAUUCUGAGUGUUAUUCUUUUUAUUGUUAAGUGUAUAUAAACAUUCCACUUAUAAUGUUGACUUUCAUGUAUAACAUAUGCUGUGUUCAAAUGAGGUUUAGUUGUCACAUUGGAUUAUAGAUUACUUAAUUCUACCAUGUGUACUUUUAAUGUGAAAGCUUUGAACUUACAACUGCAGGUUCAACAAACAUUCAAUAAAAGACAUGUGAUUAAUGCUAACAGUAAAUAUAAAAUACUUACACCGGAGAUAAUUUUUGUAUAUACUCUUAAUGGAGCACAAUCUGUUGCUAAAUACAGAAAAAAGAUGUCUGCUGUGCAAUCGACUCUUUUCAUAUCUGUUGUUUUAAUUUUAUCUGUUUCCCAAUUAGGUGCAUCUCUCCAAGUAAACUUGUACCCUCUUCUUAGUAAUGGACACACAUUUUCAUAGUUAUCAUUUUUCUUUACUGAUUUUUAAAUAGUGAAGAAUUAUGGCCUAUAACCUAACUUAUUAGUUGUUUUUAUGGGUCAUUAUUAAAUAAAUUGACAAAAAUUACCAAAUGCUGAAACAACUGUGACACAAGAAGAAGAACAGUGUGUCUACAGAAACAUAUGGGCUUUCCCAACAUCAUUGAAGGCUGAGAAGGCAAACUGUACAAUAAUCUUGUGUGUAUGUUUAGCUGUCAGUGUUCAAAGACUGAUUGUUCACAUGCAAUCUUCCGUAAAUCAGCUGUGCCAUGUCUCAUUUCCCUAAGCAAUAGAAAUCCAUAUACAUUUGUACUUAUUACUUAUUUCAAACAAAGCAAGAAUCAAACUGUUUUAAUCGCCUAUGAGAUCAUGACUACAUUCUGUUUUGCAAAUUUCCCACAUUAUUUUCCAAGAGUACUUUUGCCUGCAUACUGUUUCUCUCAUUAAUUAUAGUCAACUUAGUAGUGUGAAUGGUUAUUGUAAGCUGUACAUAGGAAACAGCAUCAAGAUUUUGUCUCAUAAUGUAGUGGUCUGAUUAUAAUUUUAGCUUCUAAAUAGACUACAAUUUUUAAAUUAUAUAUAAUCAGAUUAUGCUGAUUGUAUGGCAUAAGACAAGAUGUAUGGCAGUAAUACUUUCUGCUAAUCAUCAUUUUUCAAAAGGUGCACUCCUUGAGAUUCAUCUACUCUACAAUUCCUACGUAAAGAGGUGUGUGUGAUGUACUGAGUAGAACAGUGUGUACAGUGAUGUCAGGACAAAUAUGAAAGUGACAGACAAGUUUCAUACUUUUUGCUGUGUGUACAGUGAUACAUUACAAAAUUUGUCUUGUACCUAAUAAUUUUUUUCACCUUUGAGGGAUAUUUUGCACUGUUUUAAGCAUGAAGAAUAUUUUUGUUUACAUGACAUUGUUUUGUGCUUUUGCAAAUGGCCAUGAUUAAAGAAUAUUUAUUAUGUA